AUGCUCAAGAAUCGAAAGAAGCAUGACAAAAAAUGCAAAACCAUAACCGAUAUUGAUUACCAUUCACAAAAAGACCUAAACAAUAAUAAAAAUGAUGAUGAAAAAUUUCAAUUUAGUCAAUUUUAUAAAAUAAGAAAUAGAAGAACGUUAUCUUUCUAUCGAUUUAAUAGAUCGAUCAAUGAUUUUGCUGAAUCAAACAAAACUCUUCCUUAUGAAUUUAAAUCCUUACAAGCUACAAAAACGAAUAACACUGAUACAAUUGAAAAUACCAAUUUACAACUUAAAGAACUUAGAGUUGAAGUUUUCGUAAAAGAAUCAGAAGAUUUGGUAAAAGAAUUUCAUCAUUUAGAAGAAGAUUUAGAAAAAGAUUUAGAAUCCCUACGUAGAGAUCAUCACCAAUUAAAAGAAGAAUAG